UGCAAUUAACACAUAUAUUUACCAUUGCUAAAUUGCUAAACUAGAAAAUAAAAUACCACCCACUGUGUGUUUUUCUGUGACAUUAGAGAGCUGUCAAUGUGAGCAGUAUAUUUUACAGCUGUUUAGAAAACUGCUGAGAAGGGCGGUUUCAGAGGUUACUAGGUAAACGGAAGUACAAACGGUAGACUAGUGGAACUAAACAUGGCGCCUUUGCUGGAUCACAAAAUUGGCGUCGUUGUGUUAUCUUCUUUACCGUGGCGAUCAAGAUCAAAUCUCUUGACAUGUUCACUACUUUUGCUUAUUUACCUGACGUCGCAUCCAGCCUUGGCCAAACCGAGCAGCCUCAAAGAGAUCACUGACGGAAACUGGGAAGACAUCUUGGCAGGGGAAUGGAUGAUUGAAUUUUUUGCUCCGUGGUGUCCGGCGUGCCAACAGCUCCAGCCCGUGUGGAAUGAGUUUGCCGACUGGGGUGAGGACAUGGGCGUCAACAUAGCGAAGGUGGACGUUACUGAACAGCCUGGUUUGAGCGGGCGAUUCAUCAUCACUUCACUUCCGACCAUCUACCACUCUAAGGAUGGUGUGUUCAGGAGGUACCAGGGGGCUCGCACCAAAGAUGACUUGCUAAGCUUUAUUGAUGAGAAGAAGUGGCAGGGCAUUGAGCCCGUGUCUUCCUGGUUUGGACCAUCUUCCUUCAUGAUGAACACAAUGUCCGCUCUCUUCAAGCUGUCAAUGUUCAUUAGGCGUUGCCAUAACUACCUGAUAGAGCAUUUGGGGAUUCCAGUGUGGGGCUCAUAUGUCAUCUUUGGACUGGCCACUCUCUUCUCUGGCCUAGUCCUGGGACUGAUACUGGUGUUCAUUGCAGAUUUUGUCUUCCCAUCACGACGAUUUAACUCCCCAAACUACUACCAGAAGAAACAGACGAUGGAACAAGCCAGGCUGAUUCAGCAGCUGGAGGAGGAGCAGGAGGCGGACGGAGAAGAGGAUGAUGAGGACGAUGAAGAUGGAGAACAGGAAGAUGUCUGGAGGACAGCGUCUCCUGAGGGGUGUCCAGAGGAGGUGCUGCGAAAGAGGGUGGUGGGCAACCGUGAAGACCAGGAUGAGGAUUCUUAGAGGCCUGGAGGGGAACUGAAGAUGCCCCUUUCAACAGCGAGGAAGGGGAGGGGGCCUGGUUUGGUGCCUAAGCUCGUUUUUAUAAAGUGCCUCAGAAUAAGAGUACUGAUCUAGGAUUUUUAGAUCAUGAUAACUAAGAUGACAUGGACAGGUGGUACUGAUCCUAGAUCAGCACUUCUACUCUGAGGUGCUUUAUGAAUACGGGACCUGGUCCUGAACAGCAGUAGAGUUUACAGCAGACAGCUUACAGAGCCCUAGCAACACGCUGGCAAGGCCUCAGCGACGCCUUGCUUCUUCUCCCUUCAGCUUCACCGGGAGUGCCCCGUAUUCUGACCGCUCUGCUCUCACCACCAGCACCCUCCCCUGGAUUGGAGGUGCUACUGCACACUCCCAAAACCAUUAUCAUGUUCUUUAGGCAUCAAAUGAAGGAAACCGAUUGGAACAGGAAGGGUUUAUCCAAGUCCAAUAUGAAAUGCUCCUUUUUCAUUUUCCGUUGGUAAAUAAAUAAAAAAAUGUCCCUAAUGAACACAAACCUGUAUAUCCUUGUUCUUUGUUUUAUUAGUCCAUUGUUGACAUAGUCCCAAAAGAUAUGUAACUUUCAAAAUACAGAAAUCAUCCCUGUGUGAUGCAUUUUGCCUCAUAUGAUACAAACUGCAUCAUGCGGGGAUGAUUUCUGUAUUUUGAAAGUUGCAUAUCUUUUGGGACUAUGUCAACAAUGGACUAAUGAAACAAAUACCAAAGGAUGGUGUUUGGGUGGAGUUUACAUGAAGGUAUGGAGUGCACUAGAACAGGAUAAUUUUACCACUUUGUGUGUUAUGCAUUUUUAUUUUUUUUAUUUUGUAUUCUACAUUAAUCCCUGUUUUAACAAAUUAUAUACAGCUUUUGAGCAUUAUUUCAUUGUACACUGUGUGUCCAAAACAUUAGGAACACCUUCCUAAUAUUGAGUUGCACCCCCUUUUGACCUCAGAACAGCCUCUGUUGACUCCAAUGCUUCCCACAGUUGUCAAGUUGGCUGGAUAUCCUUUGGGUGGUGGACCAUUCUUGAUACACAGGAAACUGUUGAGCGUGAAAAACCCAGCAGCGGUGCAGUUCUUGACACAAACCGGCACCUACUACCAUACCCCAUUCAAAGGCGCUUAAAUAUUUUGUCUUGCCCAUUCACCCUCUGAAUGACACACAUACACAAUCCAUGUCUCAAUUGUCUCAAGGCUUAAAAACCUUCUUUCACCUGUCUCCUCCCCUUCAUCUACACUGAAUGAAGUGAAUUUAACAAGUGACAUCAAUACGGUAUCAUAGCUUUCACUUUUAUUCACCUGGUCAGUCUGUCAUGGAAAGAUCAGGUGUCCUUAAUGUUUUGUCCACUCAUCAAAAAUCUUCCAUCUGAUGUAUAUUUCUGUUUCUCCUUUUCCACUUUAAAUUAUUUAUUAUUUUUUACCUCAGAAAGCCUAUUGUUUGUUUUCAUCCAAGUCUUCCUUGACAGACCUUGUAUCCGCCCACCACUGAACUUCAUAAUGCUUUAGUGAGCGCAGUGCAGUUUGCAUGCUUUUCUACAGGCAACUAAGAUCAAAUCUCUUCGGGGGCCCUUCAUAUGUUUCUGUUUGGGCUACACCAAGAUGUUGAGUUGUGCAAGUGUUGCUUUCAUCUCCGGUGGAAGGGAACUGCUAUUUUCUGCCUGCCUGGUUUUGAUGAAGUCUCACUCCAUUUUUUAAAAAGAUUGUGGUGCUUACUAAACCUCCCUGGAGGUGGAUGUUGGUCAGUAUGGAUCAUUAAGGAUUUAACUGUUUUGGAGGUGUGAAGACGCCCCUUGUUUGGCCAGAACAGGGCUGCGCAGGGGUGCGUUCACAACCCCAGCAUGAUACAAAGAUAUUGUUGUGUAAAAUGUUAAUAACCUUGUUUUGUUGAUCUCUGCUGUAAAGCUAAUAUCCACCCCUUUGUAAAGCUGGCAGUGGAAUGUCUUUCAGACUUAUAUCUUAUGUUGUGUUCAUCUCUGUGUGAGAUGUUCUUCCAUAUAAGUCGGAAAUAGUUUAUUAAUGUGCUGUCAUGUCAGUCAGUCGUCAGACACAAUGCAUGCCGUCUUUACAACUGCAAUUAUUAUGGGGGUUCUUCGAUAUCCUGGUCACAAAUGGCACACUAUCCCCUAUAGUGUUCACUACUGUUGAACAAGACUCAUAUAGCUCUGGUCAAAAGUAGUGCAUUAUAUAGGGAACAGGGAGCCAUUUGGGAUGCGUGACACGUGUUGUGAGAGGUGAUGUUAUUUUAACCCUACUUCUGCUCCGUAGUUUUCUGGCUUCUGCUUUACUCUCUGUGUGUGAGAGAGAGAGCGGGGGAAGGGGGAUGGGGGUAGAGGUGUGUGUGUGUGUGAGAGAGAGAGAGAGACUGCUUUUUGAAGUUUAACUGAAAUUUCCUGGAUGCCGAUUUAAGCCUAAUCCUGGAUUUAAAAGCUAUUUCAAUGUACAUUCUCCAGGACUAUGCUUAAUUGGUGUCCAGAAAACUGUUCCUAAGAGUUUGAACUCGAGGUCCUUAAACCUAUUUUCAUGGUUUGAAAAGAGACCAAGGUAAACCCCCAGGGCAGUCAAUGCAGAGUACCAAUGGUCAAAGCCAGGGCCCGCAAAGCGUCUGAGUAGGAGUGCUGAUCUGAGAUCAGUUUUACCUGUUCCUAGAUCAGCACCCCUAUUCUGAGACGCUUUAUGGAUUUAGUUUGACGUCCUGUUCUUCUGAAAGAACAAGACCAAACGAGAAUGACUUUGUGACUGUACUGUGCAUCAUUCAUAAAAUAGUGUUUUGCGAAGGACAUAUAGUUUUACAUUUUCUGAGUGGUCAGUAGAAGUGGCAAUGUAACCCGGGACAAGUAUUUUACUAACAUUUCAUUAUCUGUAAGAACUGACAGAUGCUCACAAAAACCUGUUUGUAUUUCAGCUUUGUAGAACAGACCGGUUUAGGCCUAUGACCUAUGACCUGUGUUGACGUUCCACAUUUUUAGCAAUGACUUCUCUUAAGGACUUCUCUUUUUAAAUGCUAUUAUUUCUUUCCUACAAGCUAUUUCCUCAUGUUGUGACAAGGGUACAACAUCAAAAUAUGCCCACCUGAACAUUUAACAUGGAUCCAUUUGGUUGGAAAUCUAACUGUGGCUUCUAGCUUUCCUCACUUUUGCUUCAGCUGCAGGCUUGUCCUAAAUGGCUCCCUGUAUAGUGCAGGUCAAAAGUAGUGCAUUAUAUAGGGUGCAAUUUGAGAAGCAUAGAGGGAUGUCACGUAGGACACUGAGACAACUAUGUUCUUACCUGUGUCCAACGAGAGCUCUUUCAAUAAAGAAUCAAGUCAUGUUUGAA